AUGAUGGCCGGGUCCCCCUCAGUGACCGGCGGCUUCACGGCUACCGGGCCGCCGGUCAGAAAAAGUGAGGAAAUCAUGGAUUUGAUCGAUUUGUUUGCUAAGAUGCAGUACAGAGCAAAGGAGGUGACUUCACGGGUAAGUUUCUCUGUUGUCUUCGAUGUGUUUUGGCUGUUUAAAUAUUGCACAUUCAUACCGGGACAUAUGACACCGUGCAUAUGGAUUUAAAUAGAAGAAGUAAUUAUUACCAUUAAAUUAUUACUGUUUGCACAUGAUACUAAACUUGUGAACAGUAGUGUUAGUUAUCAUAUAUUUCACUAAAACCCUAAAGCUGUCUAAAUUUACCUUUGUCUUCACAUCUGUUUAAUAAUUUUUUAUUCAGUUUUUACUUGUUUCUGUCAAGAGUCCCUCUUUCUCCUUCAUAAGCUGCUAUAAAAAUACAAAUUUCGAGGUGUGUAGAAAGCUCUCCCUCUAUAGUUUAACUUUUGUGAAUGAAGAGCCAAAUCCACCUGUAAACUCAAAGAAACCAAACACACCUUAUGCCUCACGUAAACAACAACAACACUCUGGCUAGGAAUACAUGACCCCCUUAUCAACUUCGAGGAACCAUAGCACGCUGUAGCCUAUAUCUGAUCCACCAAGCUGCUCUCACUUUUCACAUACUCAAUGCAUGAUCACAGCUCUCUAUCAUAGACCAGAGACUGUUUGGAUCUGUGUUGUGUUUCUUGUGUUACUCCUUUUUUUGGGGGGCCUUUACAUUCACUUCAAAUUAUAUCAUUUAAAAGCCUCUGUUGUUAAUUAUCUUUUAUCUUUUUACUGUAUACAUUUAGUACUUUCUGUAUGAUUCAUGUAAUAUUGAGGGAAAAAUGAUAGAGUAAAUUUUUGAAUGACAAUAUGUAAGUCAAAAUCAGAUGGAUGAGUUGCUUUUUGUCAGACAGGUGUCUGCUCGUGGUCCAGAUUACCACACAUAGAGCCUGUAUAUGUUGGAACAUAUCAUAUUCCUCAUGGGUACUGGACUUCUGCUUUUACUGCUAGAAAUGGGAGCCCUCUGCUAGUUUGCAAUCAUCUGUCACAAAAUGUAAAAUUUUGAAUGUUUUUUUUAAUCAAAUUCUUGAUUGAGGACAGAAGAGAUAAAGGCCAAAAUUGAUCUUGAACGUUACUUGUUUUAGUUAUGAAUGAACCUUACAUAUGUGUGAUUGAUCUGUGUCAAAUAUAACUCAGUUUCUGCUCUGUGGAUAAAUCUUUACUUUUGCUAACUGUCAUUUUCCAGCUUAAAUUUUCGUAUCUUUUUCUCUUUUGUCAUUGUUUUUGUCUCUUCUCAGGUGGAGGUGAUAGAGAAGCGUUGUUUGGAUUUAUUUGCGAGAGACUACAAGUAUAGCAUCAUCCACAACGCCAAUGGAGAAGUGUGCGGCCAUUAUCCCCGGCAGAUAGUUUUCCUGGAGUAUGAAUGCACAGAUGUCGAAAGAGACAGGUACUUCACUACUACUAAUACUAAGAUAGUCCAUUGCUGUCUGAUACAAAGUCCACUUCACUCAGUUACCCAUUUCUCUCUUGUUUGUUUGUGUCAGUCAUGUAACCUUGCACACCACCUUACUGUGGUGCAGGGAGCAAAGAUCAGCCUCCAUCUCCAGCCCCUGUGAUGGAGGCAGCAGACGGGGUGAAGUGACUCUGCUAUCACAUGAUGCCACAUUGUCGCAGGAAAUAGAGCAUUUUCAGUGAUUCAAUAAAUCCCUUUUUAUGACAGCUAAGUAAUCUAGUCAACCCUUUUUCCACUGUUGUGCUCAUAGUGAAAUAUUCUCUUCAUGAAAACUUUUAUCAUGUUAGAAUAAGCCCCAUUUUUAAAAACGCCCUUGUUCUCAGGAAAAAAAGUUUUAUUACAGCAAAUAUUAUUUUUACACAUUAAGUAAAUAAACUUAAAAAAAUAUAAAAACCUUUUAAACUCAGCGUACAACAAAUGUAGAUAAAAACUAAAUAAUACAGUGAACUAGUUUACAGUCAUGUGUGUUUUUGCAGGUAUACAAGACCCAAAAUAAACAAACCGCCCCCUCAGGAACAAUGAAGAUGCCUUAAAAUGUAAACAUUAGAUGAUGUAAAUGUAGAUGAUACGAUUGAUUGCUGCUACGCUAGUUGUGGCUAAACUGCUAAUGCUACUCGUGCCAUCAGCAGAGGAAGGCUAGGCAGACACCUUACACAUCAGCUUAAUUGUUCGACGCCACUUUGGAGAUACUCGAACCACCGCAACAAAACCAACGUUGAAUAACUUUGCAUCUCCACUAUGGCAUCUUUGGAGAAUGACUCAAAGUCAUGGCUGACAUCUAUUUUCCUGCCCUCAGCUCCGCAUUUACCUCCAGGUUCAGUCAUUCUGUUUACUUCUCCGGCCACCUACAGAAAUGAGCAGGAAAAGCUCGACUCUGAUUGGCUGUUGUCACGCACAUUUCUGCUAUGUUUGAUCUGUAAAUAUGCUCACAACUGAUCACCGUGAUCAAAAUGAAAUUUAUCACGAUCAUAUAACCGCCCAGUCCUGACUUAAACCAAUGAAUACACACCUUCUGUGAUUUCUGAGAACACCAAGUUCUUCUUGUGGUCGAAUUUACCCGCUACUCUUAUUGUGACAGUCCAUUUGUCUUAAAAACAUGAUCAACUAAAAAACUGGCUCCUAUGGGCAGGUGCUGUCUGUGGUUGAAAAAGUUCAGUCUGAAAAAUGUCCCAUCGAAUUUGUCUAUCUUGUCAGAGGAAUUAAAGAUGGAGGUUGUGACACUCUUGUUUCAUGUGCAGAUUUUUUGAUGUUCAGUGCUACAUAAAGUUGAGAUUAUCUCGUCCACUGACUGACAGAUAACACAUGGUGGUCUGUUCUUGAAGGUUUGAGAGCACAGUGCAGAUCAGUAAGCUGCAGGACCUGGUGAACCGGAGUAAGCUGGCUCGCUGCAGAGGGAGGUUCGUCUGUCCUGUCAUCCUCUACAAUGGAAAGGUACAGCUGCUCAGCUAAUCGACCUGCAGUCUCUUAAACAAAGCAAUCUAAGCUCUUCAUUUUUUUGUGACAUAAUUUCCAAAAUUGUUCGUGUUUGGGUGUGAAUUGAGUGGAUCUUAUUAUGUUGGAGACUCUGAUACUUUUGUCAGCCUCUCUGUAAUGUUCCUCAAAAAUCAGCUGAUGUCCUUGUCUUCUUUACACAAAGCGAUUUUCUUCCCCCCAUUUCACUUCAUUUAUUUCAACAUCCACCUUUGACAUGACUGCAGUCAGGCUUCCAGUUUUGCUUCCUAUUAUAGGAAAUCAAUUCCUCCGUACAUUAACUGAUUACUUUUACCGAUAUGUGUUAGUUCGAAAUGCACAUUUCUAGAUAUCAGUAAAUAAAAACUUUACCGCUGCAGUAAUGAUAUUAUUAAGUUUUGACAUGGUCUUAAUGCCUCUGAAGAAAGCCUGGUCUGUGUUUAAUAUGAAAAAAAAAAACACAACAAAACAAACUUUGAGUAGAGCUCAAACAAAUUGGUUUUGAAACUAUAUCUGUCCUUCUCAGAAUAAAACUGGAGGAUGUUUUGAAGGUUACACUUCCUCUUUAUUGCUGCAUUGAUGUCAGAUAGAAAUCUUUAUUACAGUGUGAUGGUAAUGGCCAUAAUUAAACACAGCCUGGUCCUGGAUUGUCACUUCUCUAUUGCAGCAUAUUUGCCGGUCGUCCACUCUGGCUGGAUGGGGGGAACUGUACGGACGCACGGGCUACAACUACAUCUUCUCAGGUAAGAAGAAACCUCACAUACAUAAACCAGGAUAUGUGCGGGAGUUAAAUUAGAUUCAAAAGGGGAAGUUGUGGUAUCUCAUUUUCCACAGCAGAUUUCAGUUCCGCCCGCUCCUGCUGCAGUCGUCAGACAGCUGUCGACACGUCGUAUGAGAACAUAAUGUUUCUUUGCAUGACUGGGGGAAUUUCUUUCUUUAGAAAAACCAAGAACAGCAAACACCAGCUGUACACUGAUAGUAAAGGUACAUUAAACAUGUACAUUUGAAUAGAUCUUAAGUUUCAGGCAAGCAGAAAUGUCAAACACUGUAACAUGACUGUAAGAGAUUAGAGCAGUGCAGUGCAAGUGGCAUACAAAGUAAAAUUAGCUGCAACAUCAGCAUGACUUUUCAGGUCAUUCUGCUGUAAAAUUGAUCUAGUCUGAUUUAUAAAUUUUUAACUAAGGAUUGAUUGAUCGUUUUUUCCACUGUUAGCCGAUAAAAUAAGUUUGUUUUCAAACACGCUUGUUCGGCUCAUAAACAGCCACCUUUCGCUGCCGGAGUUCACCACUCUUGGCUGUGUAACAAUGUUCCGCUUACAGUCCCCACUGAUUGGCUACUCAGACAGCCAAUCAGCACUCAAGCUUCUAGGUGCAGCUUCACAGCAAGGGAGAGAGAGAGAGAGAGGAGAGUGGUCCAUGAAUCAGUGGUUUGGUGGAUGAAGGUAAAGCUACAGAAAAUGCCAAAGUUGGAGAAAAGAAAACCCUCUACGCUGACGUUUUAAAAACACCACAACCUUCUUAUGAUCAGUUUCAAUGACAUACACAACCAGAGGGGAAAUUUGGAUCCACCCACUUUGCCCAGUCACAUUUAUAUAAAUAUACAUAUAUAGACUGUAUUUUGUGAAUAGCCGAGUGCCUCUACAAUUAGCACCACAGCCAGAAAAAGUUAGCUCCAUCUUCAGACUGUCGUUCUCUACAAGUGGUCGGACAAAUCGCUUUUUGUAGUUUUUUUCCUUCAUUAACUACAGAGUUUGGCGGCACUUGCAUGAACUGUGAUCUGCUAUGUUGAUUUUUAAUGUGACAUCAGCAACAGUGCUGCUCAGAUGAGCUAAUGGAGGAAGCAAAUCCCAUUCGACCCACUGGAUACAUACAGGUUAAAACAAAUAAACAUGCAAAUUAUUAACAAUAUUGGUUUUAAAUAUUGGUUCGCCUUGAUUUCUAAUAAUCGGUAUCAGUCCUCAACAAAUAUAUUGGUUGAUCCUUCGUUUCAACCCCAAUGGCCACAAAUUUAAACUGCUGCAGCUUAUAAAACACACAAAAAAAAAAAACUGAAUGAAACGUUCUUCCAAAAGCCAGGGCCAAAGUCUGCUACACUCCGUCAGCCUUCUCAUGAAGCUCAAACUCGAAUGUUUAUGACCACUGCAUGCUUUACUUUCAGCAAAGGCAACCACUUUUUAUUAUCUGUGAGUUGAAGCCAAGCUGUAGCUUCACUGCACAUUCUCAUUUAUCGUGAUGUGAAGUUUGAAAUCACAAAAACUCUUCUCUAGCUGUCUGAAAUUGACAGGUAUGAUUCUGACAGGCUCACCUGCUUCUUGCAAGACAUGCCCCAACAAUCCCAGAAGGAAAUGAGGAACAGAACAUCUUUAGCUGUGGGCUUUAAGGACGAAUGAGCUUCAGGUUGGAAUUUAUAGUGACAUGAAGUUACAGGACCCACACCCACAGAGUUAUAGUGAAUAUAGGUGCAGAGUAAGUCACAGUUUAAUGAGGUUGUCAUGACGAGCUCAACCUGACAUCCAUGUAGUAAUUAGCCUGAAUAAAAUAAAGCAAGAAGAAAUCAAAAGAAAGGAGAGAUGGCCGCCUCACCACCACCACCACCACCACCACCACCACUUUAUAAGAGUCUAUAUCAGGUUACUUGAACCAUUAGCCUGGGAGAUUUGUGGGCCCAGUGCACUUACUGGGAUUUUUCUUCAUCCCCAUCAAAAGCACUUAAGAUAAGUGCAUCCAGCAUCAGAACAGCAGAAUGAAGAACAACAAGAAGAACAACAAGAACAACAAGAACAACAGGCUGAGCUGGGUCUGGGUCAUCUUGCAGUAUCUGUAACAUAAUGACAAACCAUAAUAGUCACAUCAUAAGAUACUAUGGGCGCACAUUUUCCUUUGAAUGUUUAUCGAUAUCCACAGCUGUGUUGUAAAUGAUGUCAGUUGUUUCCAUGUACAAAGUUCUGGAGCUCCAGCUCUUCUGUACUGCUCAUUUCUUGUAUUUGUUCUGCUUGUAUUUAAUAACAGAAGAAGACUCAGGGUUGUCCUCAGUAGACCCUCUUUCAGUGCGAUUAUUCACCUCAUAUCUUGUUGUUUUUCUAGGGGGCACUGAUGACACGUGGACCGAGUCCGAGGAGGUUCCAGAGGAUGACAGUGCAGUCAGGUAAUCACAUUACUUUAGCUCGAUAUGGUGUCUAAUUCUUUAGGCUACAUCAGUGCACUAAGGCAGUAAAAAUGGACCACAGCCGGGAAGAAGCCCUGAGUCAUGUAGUUUGGUCUAUUAGAUUUAGGGCUUCACAAUUAAUGGAUUUUAAAUUGUCAUCGGAUUAUUUGAUUAUGUGGAUGUUUAAAAAAAUAAAGAUCGACAAAUCCAUUCUCCUCUCUAUCAUGUCUCGUGCCUCCAGGCCACCGUAGGCUCCCUCUUCUUGCAAGAGCGCCCCAGUUCCCACACCCACCAGUGUAAACAAACAUGGCGUUUGCAAAAGAGGGCAAUAAUUUUGUGGCUAAAAGGGGCAAAAGCGAGUCAGUCGUGUGGAAUUGGUACGGCUUCGCAGAAGAGCAAACCACUCCCCGCUGCAAAGUCUGUCUGAAUGCGGUAUUAACCCGUCCACAAGGAAACGAAUACAGGAGUAAAUGCAAAAGUUUUUUCGUAUCGUAACUGGUCAGAGAGUGCAUUAAUCCAUAAAUGACUAUCAUUUUGUGUGGGUGUCUAUCUGCAUCUCUCGAAACAAUCGUGACACAGUGUAACUCUUUUUUGGCAGCUGCGCGUGUCCGGCCAAAACAACCUUUAUCUCUUCUGCCUUUUGUGCAUUUCCUUGACAGUGUUACUGGCUUGGCAUUUGUACUCCAUCGUUUUCAGUGGUUUUGUUUUUACAGAUGAUCGAAAAACUUUUUAUUAAAGUGAAGUUUGGUGAAGUUGUCACUGAAUAAAAAAAUGGAAAACUGAGUUUUCAGAGAAAAAAAACGAGAUUUUAUCUUUAGCCAAAAUCAUGCAGCCCUAAUCAGAGUUCAGGAUCUUUCUGGUGGGGGGAACAUUUAUCUUCAUCUCAUCUUCCUCCUUUCUUUUUUCCUCACAGGAACGGGGACUCUCAGCUCUUCGACAAGGUUCGGGGCCAUGACAUUAAGCUGCUACGUUACCUCUCGGUGCGCUACAUCUGUGAUCUGAUGGUGGAGAACAAGAAGGUUAAGUUUGGCCUGAAGUAAGGAACAUCUCAAACUAGUUCACCCACACUCUGGCUGGUAUUUAGGUCACUGUUUUGCACUGGACAUAAAAUCCUGAUAAGAUGCAUAUGACUCUCCACUCAGUGCUUUUGUAUUUGACUGCAGUUUUUCUGAUUCUGCUCGUGAUGAAGUUGAGAGGGUGUGUGGGCAGUGUGGGUGUGGUUUUGUCUGAUUUUAACCAGCUUUGAUUGUACUUGAGCUUGGAAAUCAGUGUCACAUUUUUCUAUUAUGGGUGGAGUGGGGUUGGGGGGGUGAUAUUAUCAUAGACAUUAAUGAUGGUUUAGCUGAGACUAGCUCUCCUGUGAGUUCAUACAGUAGAUGGAGUUUUUGUGCAGUCCUGUGCCAGUGUCUCCUCUCUCAGCCUGUAUCAUUUUCAUGAACCUUUGUCAAAGAAGUAAUUUAUCUGAGGAAAUGAUUCUUCAGUAGUUUACAGCACUUGUUCCCUCCUGAGGAAGAAUGUAAUAUGACGGCGGGUUGUCUUUUUUGUGAAGGCAAAUAUCAAACAGGACUGUUUCCUGUGUGAGGGUGGACAGAAGGAAUAUCUGAAACGGGAUAAGAAGUGAUCCUUCUUUUACGUAGAGUGUCUGUCCUUUAGUUUUUGUCAUGCUCGUCCAAUCUCAAUGCUCACGAGGUUUCAACACUGCACAGAGGCGCUGAUGUGUUUAAAAAAGCCCCACCCGUCACUGACAAGUUUUGUUUCAACCACAAAUAUCUCAAACUGGUGGAGGCCCCCCCUGAGCGAGUCUGAAGACAAAAUGAGAACUGCAUGAGUUAUGUAGUGAUCUUGUUUUGAAAAUAUUAGAUGGAACCUGUCCAAUCAUCUGUGCGCAUGUUGGUGUUGUGCAGCUCUUUAAGCAUCUCUCUUUCCGUCUCUGCAGUGUGACGUCCUCUGAGAAGGCAGACAAGGCCCAACGCUAUGCAGACUUCACCUUGCUCUCUGUGCCUUACCCAGGUAAACCUCUCGCAUGAGAUUUCUUUGGAUAAUGCUGAACAGGAGAUAAGUGGACGUGUGUGUGUGUUGAUAGGAUACUGUAUUAGAUUGUUAAGGACAGUAUCCACAAUGUGCAAACUCAGACGUAGUUGUGUGGCACAUUUUGUUGUCACUUGUUGCAGUUCUGACCUCAGACAGAUACCUGUGGUGGCAUUUAAAGCUAUAGUGCGUAACUUCCGUCGCCCCUAGAGGAUUUCCGCGUUAUUACAACGAUACAGCUGGCACCUCAAUAUGACGUAUUGUCACACAGAGUGUUACUCUGUGUGACAAUCAUCAUUUAUAAUCAUCAUUUAUAAACAUCAACUUUCACUUUAUUGUCCCCCUGAGGAACAUUUUCUUUGCAGUCAGGUAAAAAAAACACAAAACAUUAACAGCAUCACACACAGACUGGUUACAAAGACAACAUGAUGUAGAUACAACAGACAUCAGUGUGAUUGUUUAUUUGGUGCAAAGAUGUGUGAGUUUAAAGUAUACCUCUGAGGUUAAAAAAAAAAAACAGUUUUAUUAUAAUCAUUGACCGGCCAUGACCUAAAAAUAUCAACCAAGACAUUGUGUUAAAGACUUCUCCCUUUUUUUUUAGGGUGUGAAUUUUUUAAGGACUACAAAGACAGAGACUACACAGCAGAGGGUCUGGUGUUUAACUGGAAUCAGGUACAGAGGCUCCGAUGACUUUGUUCUGUGUUUGAUGAUGAUGAUGAUGAUGAUGAUGAUGAUGAUGGUGUCCUGGUUGUUCUAGGCUCAUGUGAUCUAACUGUGUCUUCUGCAGGACUAUGUGGACGCUCCUUUGACAAUCCCUUUGUGCUUUACUCAGAACUUGGAUAUUGACUGGACUCGAUACCAGGUUACCAGGCUCUCAUCCUCUCAUACUUCAUUUCUCUCAUGCUCUCUCAGCUGUGGACACUUUACCAGCUGUUCUGCUCUAAAAUAUUUGUGGUGUGUCAGUGCCAUCUGUUGUCCAACUUGCAAAGUGCUUCGGUCAUUAUUUAUGAGUUCUUGCAAGAAAGCUACAACGUCAGGUGUUCAUCUUAAACAUUCAUAGAACUAACAGUUUUAUUAAUAAAUCCAGGGCUAGGAUAUGUAGAAUGAUCCUGGGGUUUGAAUGAUUAAUAUGGUCGAACGAGAAGCUGGAACAACUUCACAAAGACUGUCAACUGUCUAAUAUCGUUUCCUGCUGGAUGGAGCUCAAGAAAUUCUUACUGUUGGGAUUGCUCCCCAUGCAAAUGAAACGCAAGUGUGAAAAGCAUCAUCAUGUCAAUGAGCAUGUCCACUGAUAUCUCAGGUCAGACUUCUUGAUUGAGAAACAUUUUGGUAAAUCUAAGAAAAAAAUCGACACAGCAUAGUAUCCCAAUAUUUUGUCUGGUGAUAUAUCGUAUCGUCUCAUUGACCAAGUAUCGGUUUUUCAAAUUAAUUGUUUGUCCAGUGAGGUUGGCAGAGAUGACAUCAUAGAGCAGGAGGAAGUUAGUACAACAAAUAUAUAUAUAUAUAUAUAAAGUUUGCAAGAUGUGCUACACGAAAAUAAAAUACUGUGUAAGUAAGACAAACAUAAAGGAAAGACAACUGCUAAAUAAGCUAAACAGUUGAAAGAAAAUUUACAAAUUGCAAUAUAUUGUAUUGCAUUACUCACUGUGUUGUUAAAAAUCGCAAUAAUAUCAUAUCGUGGCCCAAGUAUCAUGAUUAUAUCGUAUCGUGGUGCCACUAGUGAAUCCCACCCCUAAAAUCCAAUAUUUGUACAGCUGUAUUGUCCAACCUGCUCUGCCAACAUGGACUGAACUCUGUUUGUGUUUGUCCUGCAGUCUUGGGACCUGGUGGAACAAACCCAGAACUACCUGAAACUGCUGCUCCACAUCAUCAACAGCGAUGGUAAGUGGUUGUUUGUUACGAAGGCGGUGAAGAGUAUCAAGUCACCUUUAGUUGAGAGUUUAUGUUGGCCGAGGAUUUUACGUUUGGUUUAACUACAGCAUAUUUUUAGUUCCAUAUCCUAUUCCUCUAUUAGAUACACUUGCAGAUAAUCUAACUUUAAAGCAAUACUUGUUCAGUUAACAGACAUCGAAGUGUGGCCUGAAAAUGCUUCCUUGGUCUAUCAGCAGUAAAAACACAAACACUCAAAUUUGCAAGGAUGUGAAAAACUUUGACUAUUUGUGAGUACUUUUUAAACAACAUAAGAAACAUGAAGAAUAUUUGUUUAUUGAGGACCUUUACAAAUGCAUGUAGUUAGAAGGUAGAGGUCGUUUACAUAAAUAACUCAUUUUAAUGUUGUUGAAAUCACAAGUAAGUGAAGACUGAAGUUUCAGCAGUCAGUGUUAUGAGAUCUUUUUUUGGUUCAUAUUACAGCAGAUUAAUUUGAAAUUGAUACAUACUAGAUGCUAACAUUGUUAACAAGUUCCUCAGUGUGUUACAGCAGGUUUUAGUUAUUGUUUUGUGUUGUUUCAGAUGAGAGUGGCCUCUUGGUACACUGCAUAUCAGGCUGGGACCGAACGCCUCUCUUUGUGUCCCUCCUCAGGCUCUCUCUUUGGGCAGUAAGUUCUUCCCUGUCCUCUCAAGUUACUCAGCAUCCAAUCACCUGACAGCUCAUUUAACUCAUCAUCCUACACCGCAAAUGAACUCUUUUGUUAUAGAUAUGUUUUUUUUCUGAAGCCAGUAUCACAGCCUUUGAUGAUAAUAUGUGUAAAAAGAGCUUCUCAAACAGAAUGAUGCUGUCUGAAAGUGUGUGACCUCGUGAGAAUUCUUGUUUUAUUCAGGUGGCGGUAUCUGAGAUGUUUGACUCGCUGUUAUCAUGUUGUCUUAACAGGACGGAGCCGUACAUGCCAGCCUGGAGCCGGCAGAGAUUCUGUAUCUUACCAUCGCUUAUGACUGGUUCCUCUUUGGGUAAAAAAAAAAAAUCAUUUACAUCAUCCCUAUCAUUUUUUCAUAACCGCCCUGUAAGCUUGAACUUACACAGCGUAAAGAAAUGCGCUGACACAAGAGGUACAUUUGCACCGUCUAGCCUCCAUCUGAUUUAAUAUGCAGCGUUUUUGUCGGUCAUGCAUUAUUGAAAAGUGGUUAAUGAAGCACCGAGGGCAGAGAGGAAGGGGAGGUCAGGACAAAAGGAGGAGGGUACUCUGCCCCCGGCUUUGCUCUUGACCGUGUCUUUGAUCUUCCCACUCGUCCCUCUUGGGGUUUUUCUUUCUUCGUUACCGGAGCGAUGUCUUCAAUUGAAACUGAUCAGAGAAAGUCUGAUAAAAGUCUCCUUUACGUAUAACAUCAACAGGCGUACUGAAAAGAGAGGGAGCUGAAUGAAACACAGACACAAGGGUACUGCUGCUGCUGUAGAUACUACACUUCACCUUAACAUUUCUGGAAUGAUCUGCACUCUGUCAUGACCAUGAACAAUGUCAGCAGCAUAAAAACCAACAAAAGUUACUGUUACAAAAUCACUGUUUAUGUAAACAGAGUUUUACACUGUGUAAAGUGUCUACACACCGUCUUUGAAGCAGAGGAAAGGGAGGUUGAGCAGGUGCAGACACGUUUCUACUCCUGAAACGUCAUUCUUAUCAGGGUAGAUAUUACAGGAACUUUUAGCUCACAGUGGGAGUAAAACUGUCCAAUAUCCUUCCUGACUGUGUCACCAUGACCUGACUUAAUGAUGUUGUCCAGUCAGGCCAGAGAAAUGAAUACAAUAAGCAUACUAUAGUCAUAUUUUCUUUAAUAUAUUUGCUGACAGACACCUUAUAACGUGCUGUUCAAAAUGUAGAAGUGUUGCAAAGAAACAAAUGAAGGACUGAGAGAAACAUCUGCUUUUAUUUGUCAAAUUUCUUCAUUAAGUGGACUGUUAACAUUGAAGAGUACUGUUGGAUCAGGCUGAGGGUUUUUUAGUUGUGACAAGAAUGUAACGCAGUGUGUUUCUUCAUCUUCUGCAGUCAUAUGCUGCCAGAUCGACUCUCCAAAGGGGAGGAGGUGAGUAUCUGUGAGUGUUUUCUGUGAGUAUGAGCUCUCUUCGGGGGUGUGAUUCUUCCGGAGUGACCCAGAGUUUAGGAUUUUCUGACCUGAAGCAGUGACUCAUAAAUUAUGAAUAUGCAGGUGGUUUAUGUGGUUGAAAAGCUGUUCAGUUAAAUGGAGAGAAGUUUGGCAUAUCUGCAGGCCAAAAGUAAGAAUACUUUUUAUUUAUGUGUCCAACCUGCUGCUUUGAACUGACAGCAGUGACUGUAUCAGCUGUUUGUUUCAGCCACCAGCAGACAACACAGUGACACUGUGAUGAUGUGAUUUGAUUGUUCCCGUUUCAGCGAGUGCUUUAUAAGCAUGUGACAUCAACAUUAAUGUAACAAGCCUUAAUUUCAUGGACACUCGUAACCUACUAGAUAUCUGUGCAAAAACAUAUGAGUCUAAAAUCUGCUAAAUUAACUUCAGAUUUCAUCUUUAUCUGACCAUCAAAGGAAACUCUCUCCACGACAUAAACAGUGCUGACUGACGGUAUUUGUCAGAAGUUUAUCACAUGGUAUUAAAUAAUCUUAUUUUACUUUGUUGUACUUGUAAAUGAGCAACUUCAGCCUCGUUGCACCGACUAUAAAUUCAGCACUUAGCAGUUUUCAGCUGCUCUCCUGAAAUGUUGGUGAGUUUCAGAUCAUUUGAAUAAUGUAACACAGAGUAAGACCCCCAAUGUCAGUAUGUUCUGAUCUUUUUCAAAGUAUUUGAGGUCAACAUACAAGUUGGAGUGAUCGGCUUGAUGUUAAAAUGAAGGCAGAAGAAGUGAAUUUGUUCUCAGUCGAUACGAUGACACCACUUAAUAAUGAAGGCGAAAAACUCUGAGGUCUAUUUGUUCCAAACUCAACACAAAUGUUCCUCUCUGUGCAAAUAAAAAAACACUUUUAAAUGUCUUUUGUCUAAUUAGUGGAGCAGCAGAUAAGAAUUCACACAAUGCUUUGACAAUAUGGUAAAGAGAUUAGUCUUUGCUUCAGUUUGUUUCAUGGUGGUCUGUUUUUUAUUUGUCCGCACUGUUAGAGACAUUUUCAGUUGUAGCUGAAGGGCUUUCAUGUUCUGGCUGAUACUUUGCUCUGGGGACCACCCACCCUCUUGUUGUUUGCACCUGAAGAAAACUGAUGUGGGUUGCUGCCAUGACUGUGAACUAAUGUUUAACGGUGAUGUUGUUGGGAAAUGAGCUUGAAAUUCUUUGAUAUUGAAGACAAAAUUCCCUCACACAAUCUCUCUUCUUUUUCUCCCUCAGAUUUUCUUUUUUUGCUUCAAUUUUUUGAAGCACAUUGUCUCAGAGAAGUUCUCUGCUGUUAAAAAACAGAGGUGUGUAACUGCUUUCUUUCGAUUUGAUGAUGUUCCCUCUGUUUUCUUUCACUUUCUCACUUUUUCCUCUGUCUCCCACCCUUGGUCUUGUCUUCCUUCCCUAAAUGUGAAGCCUUUUUUUUCAACUAAAAAGAAUAAGCAUUUCUCUGUCGCUCCAGCUGCAUAUUAACACUCUUCAGUGGAUAAAUAACCCUGUGAUUCACCAGCUUCUGUAGGCUUUCUCUGCUUUUGAUUCGGGAUGUUAUUUUCUUCUCUUUUCAGAAGGAAGAACUCCCACUUCAAAGACAGUGAUUUCACUGUGGAGGACCUCUGUCGGUUAAGUAAGUCAUGUCGUGCCUCACACACCCCUCCCUCUGAACAGACCCACAUACAGGAGACACAGAGCUCAGAGAGAUCGAGCUUUCUAUAGCAAAGAAACAUGUCAGGCUUUUACUUGAGUUUCAUCACUUACAUCCUUUUAAAUGCUGUUACUGUCAGUAAUGUACAAAAAGGCAAACAUGGUCUGUGAGUGAAAAAAAAACUGAAUUUCUCAUUGGAUAUGAUAAUGGAUAUGAUGAGUUGUAGAAGGACUCAAGUUAACUUUAAAAUUUUUGAGCAUCCCGCUCUUUCUGACUGUAAACAAAGCCAUUCUCCACCUCCCCGACCUCCAGUGUUUUGUAGUCGUUAAAAAUGUCAUUGAAUCUCAGUCCUCCCGUUAAAUCCGCCUUAGUUUUUCUGUGAUGAACUCAUAGCAGAAUUUGGAGACUUGUCACUUGCCUGUGGUAUGAUGCAAUGAGGAAUAACCCAGAAAGUGUGUGAUGUAGAGACAUAGCAGAGGGACUCGGGCUGAUAACACAGCCCUUUUAUCUUAUUAGAAUAUUGCAAAGCCUGAAACCCAACCAUGGUACAUCACAAACCUUUAUACAUGCAGGCUUCUCAUUCUCAGUGGAGUCUUCUGAGAUAGUCCCAUCAGCGUGCUGUUUUAUGUCAAAGUUGAUCAAUGCUUUUUCAUUAUUCAAAAAGAUGGAGGUAUCUGCUUUCUUGAAACUGUGAACGUAGAUGUUAUUAUUGAAACUUAAAUUGUAAAUUUUCAGAUUUUUACAAACAGAAUCGAAGAAGACAAGAACAAACAAAAAACAACAACAACAAAAAAAACAAAGAACAAUUUCCAUAGCAGAUGGUGUUGAAGGAGACUUGGGAGCAACACGUAGGCAUGACCUGAAGCAAACACUUUAAAUUACUUGACUUUAAAAGGGACUGUUAUUGUUAAAAUGGACAUUAGGAGUGGACUUUGAACUAGCCGUUGAUAAAAAUGAUAACUGAGAUGACAGUUUAUAAGUGAAAUGAUGUAAUUGUUUUACCUUCUGUCAUUUAGUUAGACUGUUUCUUUGAUCUCUCAGUGGAGCUGCCCCCCGCUGGUGUUUAGAGGAAUGCAGGUUCAGGUCCCUUAUGGCUCUGCUUCACUCUGAAGAUACAUCCCUGUCACAUGCUGUAGUCUAUGAGUGCAAAGUACAAAUGUUUGAAGCAAGUUGAAGUUAAGAUUCUCUGUUCCAGCUUGGGUUUAAACUCACAAACAAAAUCCUAAAGACCCCCAUAUUCUGGUUUCCCUCAUGUGCUUUCUCUGCUGUAAUCCCUCAGAACGUGUACCGGGGUGAAGGUGGACUUUAAGGAUUCCAGUUAACAGACCUGCUGUGUGUUUGGUUUCAGAGCUGAGGGAUCGUGGGAGUGUGACGAGUCUGAGCAGUGAGUUUUCCCUCAUCACUGAGGAGGCAGGUGGAGCCUCCAGCCUCACCAACGACACUGUGGACCUGUUUGCCAACCAACCCCAGGCCUCCAGCUGGUCAGUCACAUAUCAACAUAUUAUAUUACAUAUUAACAGGCAUUAAAAUCUGGCUUUUAACUGUUUUUUUUUGUUAAAUAUCUUUUAUAUUGUCUGCUUUUUCAUUUAUAAAGACACGGGUAGAACACAAUUGAAUAUUAACAAAAAUGGAAUGAUCAUACAGCCCUUUAUGCUUGAAGUGCUCCCACACUUUUGAGGACUUGUGUCGAGCUGUUUUCACAGCCUCCGCCAUUGAAGAAUAAACUUUAUUUCUGUAAAUACUGCCUCUCCCUCGAUCUGCAUUCAACUCGCGCUGCAGGUUGAGAUGUUUAAGUUAAUAGCUGGCUUUGCGUAGUAGCGAGUGAUGUCUAAAUCGUGCGACACAAUGACUCAAUAAUGGAAUUCAUUGCCGACACUUUAAAUAAUCGAUUUUUAUUGAUUUUUAUCAAUUUGUUGUUGCAGCUCUACCAGAGUUGCGACAGUCUUUACCCAGAAUAACUGCAUUUUUGGACAUGACCAUAAAAUAUGUGAUUGAUUGGCUUCAAUGUGUCCACAAUGUCUCCAAUGUUAUGUGUUUUCGAUUGUUGAAUUUGAAGGUGUGGUAUUAUAAAAUAACAUACCAUAUUUCUCCAUUUCUUGGAGCUUGUGGAUGAGUAUUGGUUGUUCCACAUCGACCACCAAUCCUCCAGUUGUGUUUCCACCUGAAGUUCCUUUUCCCAUUUUAUUUUUUAAAUUCAGUGUUAAGGGAUAAUUCCUCUAUGUAUCUGGAAAGCCUGGUAAAGUUUUGAAAUAAUCUUUAAAUUAGCUUUGCAUCGUACUACUUAGAUGCUUUAAAAAAUGUUUAACAUUGUAAUCUGCUUCUUUUAGUCAUAUUAAUCUCUUAUUUGGAGGUAUUUGAAAAAAUCGCUUGCGCUUGACUCUCUUCCAGCAGCUGCUUGUUUGUGGGGGAGCCCUGACAAGUCAAUCACCGAGUGCAGCAGAGUUUCAAGGACGAACAUUUAUGAUUGUUACUUCAUGGAAAUGCGAUCAGACCGAGACGCUAAGGUAGAAGAACUACUGCGUCUGCAGUGCAAAAUGAUAAUUACUUCAUGGAAAUGAUCCACUGCACUCUGUGAUCGACUCAUCAGGGCUCCCCUAUAAACAAGCGGCUGCUGGAGGAGAGUGGGUGAGUUGUGUUUGGUCUCUUUGCUAAAGAAAUCAGGCAAAGCUAAAAAGAUGUUUAAUGGCUAGUACUAUGACUGUGACCCUAUAUGUAAUGUUGAAGAAGUUAGGUGCUGUUCUGAGCAUUAUUUGUGGCUAUAGAGUGGCUUUUUGGUUGAGGUUUGCACGUGGAGAUGUAGACCUCUGUGUAUUGCUAUCGUGUGGUCGUUACUAAAGUUGGUUUAACUAGAGAAGCAAUCAGUCGGCAACAUUCACCUCUCGAGGGGGUGUCUAACUCGGUGUUAUGGUGUGUUUGACCGUAACUUAAUUUUUACUGAAUUUACUAUCCCUUCAAAACAUGUCAGCACUGCAUACACUCCUCCACCUUCUCCAUCUCUUCCACCUUCUCCAUCUCUUUCUCCUCCUUCUCUUCUUCUUCCUUCUUCUCUGUCGAUGUUGAUGUAAUCUGUGUCUCCUCAGGAGGAAAGCCACCACCUCUUCCCCUCAGAUGGUCGUUUGGAAUAAACAGAUCCCACUAGAAGAGCAGCUCUCCCAUCCGCUCAAUGAGGCCAGGUCUUCCAGCUCCUCCUCCUCCAACCAAUCAGAACAAGGAGUCACACGCACUGGCAGCAGCCCGUUGGCUGUCCCUGGGAGACGGUAAGUGAGCUAAUGAGCUUCCUCUUUGCGUGCAAUCUUAUUUUUAAACUCUCACUGAUCAUCAGUCGUGUAAAUGUUGGAUGAACCCCAGAGGCACAGAGCUGAAGUACAGGAGCUUCUUUAUUUGACCCAGCAGAGCUUAUGCAGAGCCAAUGAGAGAUGUGUCCAUGUCUUUCAGGUUAGCGGCAGACUACACGCGGUCAGGGUCCUCCCUCUCCACAGAGUAUGGGAGUUGGCAGAUAGUUUCAGGUUGUGGCAGCAUCCAUGACCACGCUCAUUUCCCUCCACCUCCGGCCUCAGCUUCCUCCACUUCGUCUGCUGUCGCGGCUGCUUAUGACUCCCCACUGCCCUUCAGUUUUCAGGAUGAAGGACCCAGUGGAAGAAUGUAAGUGACCCUGCACACCCCCGUAUCCUUCCAUGUCUUUCUGAGGACUAAACGCCUUCUCACCUCAGCAGUUUACAGACGACUUAGUCUAGGACUGGGCGAUUACAUGAUCGUGAUAAAUUUCAGUUCGAUCACGUUGAUCAGCUGUUUGCAUAUUUACUCGAUCAAACAUGGCAGAAAUGUGCGUGAAAACAGCCAAUCAGAGUCGAGCUUUUCCUGCUCACUUCUGGAAGUUGCCAGAGAAGUCCCAGGAGGAUCCCAUUACAUUUUGGUGGUGAUCCGGACAAAAUUCUGGAUACUGUGAUCCAGAACACACAAAAAUAAGGGUGUCAUUGGAAUUUUCAAUGGUGAAAGAUAACCAAUGGGCGGCACAGUGGUGUAGAUAGGCGGUACAGUGGUGUAGUGGUUAGCACUGUCACCUCACAACCAGAAGGUCCUGGGUUUGAAUCCCGGUCAGGGCAUUUCUUGUUUAAGGGGGACAUGAGCUGCUUGGCGGAGGUCUGCGCUCUCCGAGUGCUUUUCUAGUUUAUUUUGGGUCUCUCUAUACCUGCAAAAACACUCAGCACUGUAAACUAGUUCACUAUAUUAUUCAGUAUUUAUCUACGUGUUGUGCUGCUGAGUUAAUUUUUUUUAAUACAUAUUUUUUUUAGUUUAUCUUAUUUAAUUUGCAUCGUUAUUUACUUUGUAUGUUAACAAAAUGUUGAACUAAUCUCUAGUUUCUUUAGUUUUUAGUUCAGAUGCUUUAAAACUGGCUGUUUAAAAAAAAUACAAAAAAUAUGGUGAUAAUAAUCGAGAUUGGACGAAAUGACAAAAUAUAUCCUGUUUUUUUUUCUUUUUUUUUUUAAUCGCCCAGUCCUUGGUUCGUCUCACUGUCUCGGCAGAAUAUCGGUUUAUUUAGCAGAGACGGUUUCUUGUCGAGCCCCCUCUCUGUCCCCCCCCCUCCCUGCUAAACUGAACAUGAGACAAAGAUGUGAAUCAAGGGAGACAAAUUUUCCACUGGGUUCCACUCCCUCUCACUCAUCCUCCCACUCUCGGCUGCCAAAUUAAGUGUUCCCCGCUAGCAUCGCUCGCAAUCGGAGAAGAAAAUAACACUAACUCGUUUUGGGAAAGAGAGAAAACAGGAUGAAGGAAGAGAAGCAAAGAGGUGGAGGUGGUGAGAGCUGGAGCUCUGUGAUGGUUCAUUUAGGAACACAUUGUCGAGUAGAUUCAGACGGCCUCGGCUCGAGUUGAUUUGGUUCUUUCUCUCUUCUGAUUCUGCACUUUCACACGAGUGUAGUUGACCUCCCUUAACCUUUAUCUUCCUGUCCUCUUAUCUCGCUCCCUGUUGUUUCCUCCCCCCCUCCUUCCUCCCUCCUCUCCAGGUGUCCCUUCCCUUCUGAGCGUCAGGCCCGUCUGGAGGCGGUGCGGGAAGUCUUCCUGGCAGCCUACAGCUCGACUGUGGGUCUCAAGUCCUCAGCACCGAGCCCCUCCGGCGCCAUCACCGGCCUACUGGAGCAGUUUGCCCGCGGGGUCGGCCUUCGCGGAACCAACGCCAUCGUCUGA